GGUGGGACCUGAUAUUUCUCUUAUUGCGGGUUGUAAUUAGCAGUUCGUUAUCAUAGGCAAAGCUUCGCAUAAAUAUUUGAGAGAUGAACCAUACAUUCUGUGAUUUGUCAGUGGAAAGGUCAAAGUAGCAGAGAGUACUUGCUAGGCGUCAUAUGCGCCUCUGCACAGUUUCAGAGAGCACUUUGGCAGGUGUCAGCGUUUGCCGCAGAAUCACACCGGAGCUCGAGUAUCAGUUUGGUCCUCUACAUCCAUUCGGUUGGAUUCCGUCGUAUUGUUGGUGAAGAGCCGAGUUGUGUUGUGGUGAAGCUAUGGACAUUGUAGCCGCACGGAGUCUGCAAUUCCCAACAUUUGUCAAUAUCGAGAGACUUGGGGGAAAACAUGGUGAUUCUCUGAAACUAUCUCCGGGUUUUAGGGAGAAGAGCCUUCAAGUUUUUGUUUCAGCUAAUUGGCAGUCUGGAAAACCUUUGCGCACAAGGACCCCGCUGAAGCUUGCUUGUUCGGGCAACAAUUCUCCAGUUUCUGCGCUAGAAGCGGGAGGUUUUCAAGGUUCUAUUGAUGAAGAGUUGAUCCUAGAGAAUAUCUCGCAAGAGAUCGAGCAGCAUCUAAAUGGCCGCUGUAUAUAUCUUGUUGGAAUGAUGGGCUCCGGGAAGACGACUGUGGGUAAAGUUUUGUCACAAGUUCUGAGCUAUGACUUUUACGACUGUGACGACCUCGUGGAGGACGAAGUUGGAGGAACUUCUGUGGCUGAUAUAUUCGAACACUAUGGGGAAGGUUUCUUUCGUGACAAGGAGACUGGGGUAUUGCGGAAGCUGUCAAUGAUGAAUAGACUUGUUAUUGCUACAGGCGGUGGUGCGGUUAUAAGGCCCAUCAAUUGGAAAUAUAUGUACAAGGGGGUUAGUAUUUGGUUGGAUGUACCACUAGAGACAUUGGCUCGGAGAAUUACUGCUGUGGGAACUGAGUCCCGCCCGCUUCUACAUAAUGAGAGAGGAGACGAAUACACACAGACUUUGAUGCGUUUGUCUUCUCUAUUAGAAACCAGAGUUGAAGCAUAUGCUAAAGCCAAUACCAGGGUCUCCUUAGAAAAAAUGGCGCCGAAACUGGGCGACAGAGAUGUGUUGGAUCUGUCUCCAACUACCAUCGCAAUUGAGGCAUUAAUGCAGAUUAUGGGCUUCCUGAAAGCUACAUGUGGAUGAUGUAAUGUCAGAUCAAGUCUUCGGAAUAAUGAAUCUUGUAAUAGAGUUUGUUUCGUUUUUAUUGUCCUUUAAAAUCUUUAUCAUCUCUUUUGUACUUACGUCUACUUCUAUUUAAAGGCCUAAGGGUAGCACUAUAAAUAAAAAUCAUUCUCAUGGUAGUAUAUUUCUCUAUUUUA